GCGGCGGCCGGGGCCGGGGGCGGCCGGAGGUGAGAGCCCGGCCGGCCCGCUGGGAACAUGGCGACCGGUGGCUACCGGGCCGGCGGCGGCAGCACCACGGACUUCCUGGAGGAGUGGAAGGCGAAGCGCGAGAAGCUGCGCGCCAAGCAGACCCCCCCGGGCCCCGCCCCGCCGGCGGGCGCGGGCGCGGGCAGCAGCGACGCGGCCGGGAAGCCCCCGGCGGGGGCUCUGGGCGCCUCGGCGACCGGCGCGGCCCUCGAGCUCAACAACAACGUCCCGGGCGGCGCGGCCGCACCUGCCGCUGCGGGGGGCGUGAACUGCGCGGCGGGCCCCGCGGCGGCGCCGACCCGGGCGGCCCCCGGCCCGCGGCGGCCGGAGGAUGAGCCCCCCGCCAGCGCCGCCGCCUCCGCCUCCGCCUCGGGGGCCCCGCCGGCCCGGGGCGAGGAGGAGGAGCGGGACGGCGCCCCCGAGAAGGGCAAGAGCUCGGGUCCCAGCGCCCGGAAAGGCAAAGGGCAGAUCGAGAAGAGGAAGCUGCGGGAGAAGCGGCGCUCCACCGGCGUGGUCAACAUCCCCGCGGCCGAGUGCUUAGAUGAAUAUGAAGAUGAUGAAGCGGGGCAGAAAGAGCGAAAACGAGAAGAUGCAGUUACACAACAGAACACUAUGCAGAAUGAAGCUGUCAGCUUAUUAGAUCCAGGCAGUUCCUAUCUGCUACAAGAGCCAUCUAGAACAGUUUCAGGCAGAUACAAAAGCACAACCACUGCCUCUGAAGAAGAUAUCUCAAGUAGAUAUCCCCGAACAGAUAGAAGUGGGUUCGGCAGACAUAAUAGAGAUGCAAAUGCUUCAGGUAAUUUGGUCUCAAGUAACACAUUGGAAAAGAAAAUUGAAGAUCUUGAAAAGGAAAUAUUAAGAGAAAGGCAAGAAAACUUAAGACUUGUGAGACUGAUGCAAGAUAAAGAGGAAAUGAUUGGAAAACUCAAAGAAGAAAUUGACUUGUUAAAUAGAGACCUAGAUGAUAUAGAAGAUGAAAAUGAACAACUAAAGCAGGAGAAUAAAACUCUGUUAAAAGUCGUUGGGCAACUGACAAGGUAGAAGAUUCAGGCUCAGUGUGGAAAAAAUAUUUUAAAACUACUGAUUGAAUGUUACGGUUAAUAUGAGGACAAUAUUCCUGUGCUGCAGUACAUUAAGUAUGUAUAUUUAUUUCUGGAAAACAGUGGAUGUUUAUUUUGAAAACAUUUCUUUUUCAUUGUUAGUUUCAAAAAGUUCCUACUUUUUAUUUCACGAGUAAGUAACAUCUUUCGGUCAUUAAAAUUAUAGGUUAUGCCUCUUUGG